AAUAGUAAUUUUUAUUAUUUAUUUACUUACUUACUUACUUACUUAAAUUUGAUUUGAUUUAGAUAAUUUUAAACAAAACUGCAAAGAAGCCAGACUGUUAUUAUGAAAAGGGACUCAAGUUCACUAAUCCGGAUAUUGUUUGGAGCGCUGCAAGUGCUUUAGCCAGGUGAAUGUUGGGAGUUCAAGCCCUGUUUGGAAUCGGUCUUCUUGUGACAUCACGAGGAGGCUCUGUCCUGACCCAUACAGGAGCAUGUGCACGUAUUGCCAGUAACAUCUACAGUAAAGAUCUCACUCACAGACAGGCUUGCACUAUGGCCAAUACAAUCAAGUACUUGGGGCAAGAAGAGGCUCAGCACAUUGACGAGGAGCUGUUCAAUGAGUACAGCUUCAGUGUGGAUCAGUUAAUGGAGCUGGCCGGUCUGAGCUGUGCCACAGCGGUGACAAAGGGCUAUCCUCUACAAUCACUGCUCAAGAGUCCACCUAGAGUUCUGGUGAUCUGUGGGCCAGGAAAUAAUGGAGGAGAUGGGCUGGUUUGUGCUAGACAUCUCAAACUGUUUGGAUAUGAGCCUUCUGUAUUGUACCCAAAGCGCCCCAGCAAACAGCUGUUCCUGAAUCUAACCACCCAGUGUGAGAAGAUGGAUAUAUCCUUCCUGACAGAGAUGCCUGAGGCUGAUGUGAUUGAUGAAGUGUAUAAUUUGGUGGUGGACGCCAUCUUUGGAUUCAGUUUUAAGGGUGCGGUGCGAGAGCCGUUUGGUGAUAUCCUCUCCCAACUAAAGAAAAUCACUGUGCCCAUUGCUAGCGUUGACAUACCUUCAGGUUGGGAUGUGGAGAACGGCUGUCCUGAUGGGAUUCAGCCUGACAUGCUCAUCUCCCUCACGGCCCCUAAGAAAGCAGCCAAUCACUUCAAAGGACGCUACCACUUCCUGGGAGGACGAUUCGUUCCUCCUGCACUUGAGCAGAAGUACCAACUGAAUCUGCCUCAAUACCCAGGCACUGACUGUGUUUAUCAGUUGAAGUGAGCAUUAAGUCCUUCAAGUCAUUUUUGUGUCAAACCCUGGGUUAUGACUUUGAUUUACCACUCUGAAUACUUGCAUAAAAUUCUGUAUGUAUUUACUAAAACAGCACCUUUUUCAUGCCUGAAUAAGGGUUAAAGGUUUAAAUAUUGCUGUUUCAUUAAAUAUAAUGAAUUUUGCAAGCUGCAGCAGUGUACAGAGCGUCUAUAAUGAAAAUUACUUCUUUUUUUUUUUCUUGCACGCAAGAAUUCAGAUCUCACCCUUUUGGAAAAUAAAUGCAAAAAUUAAUGCAAAAA